GUCCCUCUUCUGCUUUUCAACCCCCCUCUCUUUACUUUUUCGUCCAUCGCUUCUUCCUCUCGUUCUUCCACCCUGCUCUCGACAGGGCUGGAAAGCCCGAACGUGGAGCGCGCAAUAAGAGUGCUUCCACAAGUCUCCCACUGCACUUUGUGCUCCGUGUCUACCUUUCAUAUCGUCCUGACCUGCCAAAUCUUAUGUUUCAGCCUCUCGUCCGGUCGCGAUCUUCACGGAUCCCUCGAUCGCUCUUAGCGCCAUCGAGUCUCUCCGUCUCGACCGUUGAUUCUCUUUGUCUGUACUACGCGACUAAGAUCUAAACUCGCAGACUUGUCUCGGAUACCUGCAUAAGACGCUUGCACUAUGGCAUCUAACGCCGCCAUGCUGUUGGACCCACGGGCCCACAGGAAGCAGCUUCAGAACGAUGGUAACGACCCAGAAACUGCUUUUCUUCCGUCAAAAAUCCAGAGAGGCACGGCUUUCGGGGCCUCAGAUGAGCUAUCCCCCUUUCCCUUAUCGUCUAGAGAUUGCUCUCCUCCACAAGACCCUAUCUUCGUACAUCCAACCCUGAUCGGUACAGGAAGCUCACCUCUCCACGAGACAGGUUCCCAGAAUUCAGGUAGCUCAAAUUCAUCCACUGCGCCGGCAGGUACGGUUUCUGCGGCACAUCGUCUUCUUAACCCGCAACGUCGACAGACCUCCAAUCAGUCCAGCCCGAAGUCGAGAUCACGACCUCAGUCGAUCUCUUCACGUAGUGAGGAUAGUGCAAGGUCGUCACUUCAGAGGGCUGAUUACGGUGAGCCUGACGUCGACGUGAUAUUCACUAGCGCACAGGAGGACAUUGCUGAAGGAAAGCGAAAUUCUACCCAUGUCGAUGGCAUGCGCCAUGGGGAUCUCAUCGGAAAUAUAUAUGGCGUGGAACGACGCGCAACCCAACCUUAUAAGAGAGUUAAGACGGAGAAGGAUUUGGACCAGAGUGGAAAGAAGGCGUUAUUUACAUCCUCUGGGACCGGCGCGUUAGGUGAAUGGGUGAAGAACGGUGAAGAGAAGUCGAAUGCUUCCACACCAGUUACCCCUAAUGUUGUCGACUUGACGAUCGAUUCCUCCGCUGGAGCCACUGAUGACGAUGACUUACAGGUCACCGGAUCUAACAAUCUAAGCAUUCAGAGAGUCUGCUAUGGCAAGCUAGAAAAUGCCAUGGUGCAGGCGGUGCUAGUCCCGAAGCCCGCAGCUCAAACGAUGUUUGGCGACUCAGCACACGAUUGGCCCUCAAUCAAACUAGGAGUGCAUCGCCGAGCAAAACAAGGCAACAACCGGAUCGAGGUUGCAGACCCUCAUGGAAAAUUCUUUGGCGCUAUAGAUGCAAACACCGCUGCCGUGAUUACCCCUCUUCUUGAUUCGCCUGUCUUAAAAAUAGACAUCACCGCUCGGUUGGAUGUUCGAAGGAGAGUGGCAAACGAAUGGCCGUGGGCACCUUGCUCAGCUCUGUAUCGGGCGUCUAUUAAUCUGUACGGCCUUAGGAAGGAUGCUGAGCUAGUCGGGAAGCAUCUAGGACAGCAUAAUGUCUGGCUGGGUACCCCGUUUUCUGUAGAACAAGGUGUUCCAGUGUUCAAUCCUCACGCAGAGAGAAGGCGCGCCCAAGCGGCUGCGUCCUUCUUACCAGCCGUGGCUGCGAGGAGCCGGCCAGGUACCAACUAUGAAGUCCGCACUGCAGAAGAAGUGAAUGAUGCAGUAAUGAAGAUGUUUGAUCAGCUUCAGAGUGCGGAAAACAUACCUGAAAUGGAACCUUCUUCACUUCUGUCAACCCCUUUGCUACGCCACCAAAAGCAGGCGCUUUGGUUUAUGACAGAAAAGGAAAAGCCGCGCAAAUUUGGGCCUAAAGAGGAGGAUAAUAAUUCACUUUGGAGGCUAGAAUACGGGAAGAACGGGACGAAGCGGUAUCGAGAGAUCAUAAGUGGCAUCGUACGUGACGAUGAGCCCCCGCAGAGCCUAGGUGGUCUUUUAGCGGAUGUGAUGGGUCUCGGGAAGACAUUGAGCAUCCUGUCACUUGUCGUGUCUUCUUUGACAGAAGCUCGCGAGUGGGCGAACAUGGUACCACCUACGGACCUUAUUCAAAAUCUGCCGGGCAUCCGCAACACUAAAACAACACUUCUGGUGGCUCCUCUGAGUGCUGUCAAUAACUGGACAUUCCAAGUCAAGGAGCACCUGAAAGAAAAUGCCAUAUCCUACCAUGUAUUCCACGGUCAAUCGAGAAUUACGGAUGUUGAAGAGCUGUCUAAAUAUGACUUAGUUAUCACGACCUACAGCAUUGUCCUCAGCGAGCUCUCUGGGAGAGGAUCAAGGCGGAGCCCUGGGAGCCCUUUAACCAAGAUGAACAUGUUUCGAAUUGUCCUAGAUGAAGCGCAUACUAUACGGGAGCAGAGCGCAGCACAGACCCAGGCUAUCUUCAAGCUGAACUCACAGCGUAAGUGGUCUGUAACUGGGACGCCCAUUCAGAAUCGUCUAGAUGACCUUCUUUCGGUGACCAAGUUCCUUGGUUUGCAUCCUUACGAUGACCGGGGGCAGUUCGGAAUCCACAUUCUCAGCCGAUUUAAGACUGGAGAUGCUACUGUUUUAGCAAGCUUGCGAGUGCUUGUGGAUUCUUUCACAUUGCGCCGUGUCAAGGAUAAGAUUGAUAUUCCUGCCCGACACGAUAAGAUCAUAACACUUAAUUUCUCCGAGAAAGAGAGACAGCUGCAUGAGCUUUUCCGAAGAGAAUCGAACGUGAUGAUGAGAGUGAUUGCCGGCGAGGAUAAGACAGCGUUGAAGGGUCGAAUGUAUCAUCACAUUCUAAAGGCAAUGGUAAUUCUACGCCAAGUCAGUGCCCAUGGCAAAGAGCUUCUCGACAGUAAUGAGCGCGCAAGAAUUAAGGGUAUGAGCGUUGAUGACGCUAUUGACCUCGAAGAAGGCGGGAACGAAGCACCGGAUCUAGUCGACAAAAAGGCAUACGAGAUGUUUACGUUGAUGCAGGAGUCCUCAGCAGAUAUGUGUGCUCUAUGUAGCAAACGUCUCGAAGAGCCAAAUGCUGAUUCCGGCGCUACGGACCGGCAAGCACCAUUGGCGAUCAUCCUUCCUUGCUUUGACGUCCUUUGCCCUGAAUGUUUCUCUGGUUGGAAACAGGCAUUUGACAGCCAACCUGGGUCCUCAACACACGACAUCAAAUGCCAGGUCUGUGAUGGAUGGAUCCCGGUUUCAUAUUCUACCAUCACCCCUGGUGGGCUACAAGAAUAUAUGAUGGGCCAAGCUCAAGCUAAGCAGAGUCGAAAGCAAGCGAAGGUCCUUGGAGAGUACGAAGGACCGCAUACGAAGACAAAGGCGCUGGUGACACAUCUCUUGGAGGCGGCAGAGGAGAGCAAGGGUCUGAAGGAUGAGCGUCCUAUUAAGAGUGUAGUAUUUUCUGCAUGGACUUCGCAUUUGGACCUGAUCGAGAUUGCGCUAAGAGAUAACGAUCUCACGGGCUUUGCCCGUCUGGACGGGACGAUGACUCUGUCGGCGCGCAACAAGGCCCUUCAGGACUUUCAUGAUAAUGAUGACACCACAGUCCUCCUCGCGACUAUAGGAGCUGGUGGCGUGGGUCUCAACUUGACCGCCGCUUCCCGCGUUUAUAUCAUGGAACCUCAGUACAACCCUGCAGCAGUGGCACAGGCUAUCGAUCGCGUGCAUCGGAUCGGGCAGACACGCGAGGUGACUACCGUGCAGUUCCUCAUGAAGGAUAGUAUUGAAGAGAAGAUCUUCGAGCUGGCCAAGAAAAAGCAACAGUUGGCCGAUAUGAGCUUGAACCAAAGGAAGCUUGAUAAAAGAGAGGUACAGGAGCAACGCAUGAGUGAAUAUCGAAGUCUUUUCAAAUGAUACCAAUCCCCUUCAUCCCCCUCUUACCCGAUUUUGGUUUUAUUUUUUUUUCCUCUUUUUUUUUCUGGCUCCCCUCCCCAUUUGUCUAUCUGCGUCAAACUUUAAAUCUCGAUACCAUAGAGACGGACACCCACACUAGUACAAACAUGAAUAAUACCUGAUACCCACUGAUUUACACACGGCGUUAAUAUGUCCCAUGUUGUCCUACAUUUCGUUUUGCUGGCGCUUGUGAUGAACACAGAAGAUCUAGACAGCAUUGGUGAUACACGGAUAAAUGCAAAUCAAGACUUCGCUACAUUCCUGAUAAGUCUCUCCUUCCAUGGCGAUAAAGUCCUAUAGUAGCAAUAUCC